AUGACUGAUAUUCAGUCAAAGGAAGAUUGCAAACCUGUCCAACAUCCUCCUUGUCAGGUAGCAGUGAGCAAAGCAGAGUUGAAGAGGCUGGUAGAACUUGGAGUAAUUAAAGAAGUCCUAGAGUACACUGAAUGGAUCAAUUCAAUAAUUUACUUGUUCCUUUGAAGAAACCUGGCAGUUCCUUGAGGUUAUGCCUUGAUCCUAAAGAUCUAAAUAAAGAUAUAAAGAGCAACCGGUGGUACAACAGAAAGAUUGAUGAUGUCUUACAAGAGCUGGCAAACUCAAAGCACUUCAGCCUAGUCCACCCACUCUGGCACAUUCCACUGGACAAGGAGAGUAGUUUGCUGAUGACCUUCAACACACAAUAGGGCAAGAACCGUUUGGCGUUGGCUAUGCCUACCUUUUGGGUUAACCGUGAAAGGUGAUGCGUUUCAAGAAAGACUUGACAGAGUCCUAAAGAGAGUUCCCAGUACUACCGGUACUGCAGAUGAUAUCUCGUGCCAUGGCAAUGCAGAAAUCCCUCACGAUGCAGUUGUGAUUACCUUGUUGUUAGAGACAACAAGAGCUAAUUAUCUCACUUCCAAUGAAGGGAAGUUUGUCUUCAAGACUCGACUGUCCGUUCUUUGGUGGUAAUCUCACUCCACAUAGGUAUAAGAUAGAUCCUCAGAAGGUACAAGCUAUCUUCGUUUAGUGAACCAUGUCAAUCAUUUUCUCCCAAAGAUAGCAGAUUUGACAGCCCACUAAGAGCACUGUGCCAUAAAGGUGUUGUUUUCGCAUAGGUGAGAUCACAACAAGAAGCAUUUGAACCAAUCAAGAAAGAAAUCACAAUGGCACCAGUACAUGCAUAUUUUGAUACAUGCAAGACAAGUGCCGUCCAGUCAGAUGCAUCCAAGAAAGGCUCAUUUGCGCAGUUUUGUUUCAAGAUGGCAAGCCAGUUGUCUAUGCAAGAAGCCUCACUGAGACAGAGCAACGGUAUUCAAACAGAGAGAGAGAGAGAGAGCUGUUGAGUGUUGUCUUUGCCCUUGAAAGAUUCCAUCACUACUUGUAUGGCUAUACAGUGACUUUUCGUACAUUGAAAACCUGAAGGGGAAGGAGAACGUCAUACCCAAUGCACUUUCCAGAGUUUCACCUCAGCCAGUACGUGAAAGCAAGGUAGACAGAGACGUCAUCACUGUACAUAUGUUUACUGAAGAAAUCCAUGCCGAUACAGAAAGUAUAGCAGACUUCCAACAUACAACUGCAGAUGACAUGAUAUCUGGUCUAUUGAUGCAAGCUGUCAUAAAUGGAUGGCCUGAUGAAAGUUAG